AUGUAUAUAAAUUAUGUGGAUAUAAACAUUUGUAUAUAUUUGAUACUAUUUAGUGUCAAUGUGUUGGUGGAUUCCACAGGAACUAUUGGGGAAUCUCACCAAGCCGUUAUUCCUCGCAAACGGAACGAACCAGUCCAAAUUGAUUUGGAUACUGAUUCUGGAUCUGAGAUUGAGAUAAAUGACCCUAAUUUACCUGGUCGGGUUCAGGGAGUUCAGCAGGUUCAAGGAGUUCAGCAAAUUCCCGGAGUUCGACAAUUUCAACCAGUUCAGCAGGUUCCCGGAGUUCAGCAGAUUCAGGGUGUUCAACAGGUUCCGGGACCGCAGGAAGUUCAGGUAGGAGUUCGUAGAAAAAGAGUUAAAGGAACAAGUGAUAUUAACAUUCCACUCGACCUUUUAUCGGACCGUGAAGAAGACUUGAACAAGUUUAGAGCCCAACCAUUAUCUACAGGUCCUCCUGUUCAAGCUACACAACCUCCUCAAAUAUUAACAUCUGGUUCCCAAAAUUUACAGUUUAGCUUAGAUACUGAUUCUGGAUCUGAGAUUGAGAUAAAUGACCCUGUUUCACCAGGUCCGAUUAAAGGAGUUCAGCAGAUUCAGGGUGUUCAACAGGUUCAGGGACCGCAGGAAGUUCAGGUAGGAGUUCGUAGAAAAAGAGUUAAAGGAACAAGUGAUAUUAGCAUUCCACUCGAGCUUUUAUCGGACCGUGAAGAAGACUUGAACAAGUUUAGAGCCCAACCAUUAUCUACAGGUCCUCCUGUUCAAGCUACACAACCUCCUCAAAUAUUAACAUCUGGUUCCCAAAAUUUACAGUUUAGCUUAGAUACUGAUUCUGGAUCUGAGAUUGAGAUAAAUGACCCUGUUUCACCAGGUCCGAUUAAAGGAGUUCAGCAGAUUCAGGGUGUUCAACAGGUUCCGGGACCGCAGGAAGUUCAGGUAGGAGUUCGUAGAAAAAGAGUUAAAGGAACAAGUGAUAUUAACAUUCCACUCGACCUUUUAUCGGACCGUGAAGAAGACUUGAACAAGUUUAGAGCCCAACCGCUAUCUGCGGGAGCUCCCCUUCAGGCUGCAGCCCCCUCCCACAGACGGGUCUCUGGCACCCAAACUUUGGAGUUUAGUUUAGAUGCCGGUCCUGGUGACACCUUUAAUCUAAGUACCGCUAUGCCUCCGACCACUCGGGUAUUUCAAGGCGCUCAACCUGUGGUUCAGGGGAGGGCCCCCGCUGGUCCAACUCCAGUAAACUUCGAUGAAUUUAACAUUGCUCCAAUUCUUGCAGGCAAACCUCUGGAAUUUAACUUAGAAUCUGAAGGCUCGGACCUCGAGUUGGCCCCCAAAAGUGUUUCCAGACCUAAUGAGAUCCCCCUGGAUUCCGAUAAAGAGGACCAUGGUACUCCUGUGGAGCUCGAUUUAAACAACACCAACUCUUCUAAUGAGUUUGAGUACAUCAAAAGUGGAGCCAGCGGCAUAUUUAUAGCUAAAGAUGGGUUCUACUUCAACUCCGUGAGGGAGAAUAAGGUGGUUUUUUUCGACGGCAAGAACGCAGAGUUCGCCAUGAAGGUUGUUAGGGACGGCAUUGGCAGGUUCAAGGCUCUCAACAACGUCUUCAUUUACUUCGACAACGGCGCAGUUCGAGAGUUCAACAAGGUGAGCGGGACCUGGAAUGAGAAGCCUGUCAGGAUGGAAGUCGAUGAAUCAGGAAGGCCCUUGCACGUCCGGGUGAAACCUGCUAGAAAGGUCCCCGUGGUUGACGGUGGCGACAUCGUCCUCCAGGAUAGCAAGGCCGAGGCCCCGCUCCAACCUGAGGACGAGGAGAUCGAUGACGGCGAGUAUGCUGACAUCUCUGGCGUUGAGCUGAACUUGAGCAACAAGUACUCAACCACCUCGUACACCUGCGAAAAGGAGUUCCUCAUAACCACCUUCACUGCCAACGAGGGCUUCGGGUUCCGGGCGGUCUGGUUCAACAAGGACAGGUCCACCGGGAUCGCAAUUUGGACCGCGGCAAGCCACUCUCAGUACUCGAACAAGGUCGUUUACCACAACUACGCCUACAUCAACAUGGCCGACGUCAUGGUCCACCUGUUCAACGGGAAAAGGAUCCUGUUUGCCACCAACGGCGACUCCUGGAAGCAGUUUGACGUUAACAAGCUGAACCCUGUCAUCGUCAACAUCGACGCUCUCUACGACUCUUACUCCUACUACAAAGACCCUGAGGGCUCGUGCGCCGUCAUCACUGCCAAGGAGCCCUUCAUCAUCAGCCACCUCGUCGAGUUCCAUGGCAUCACCAACAAGCUCAGGGACGUUUGGCGGGCGAAUAGUCCCGACGACUAUCUCGUAAAGGUGGUCGUCGACAACAUGCUCAUGUACGUCGACGCCAGGAACAUAAACUUGUACUAUAAGGACGGGAGGGUGCGUUUUCUCACUCGCAUCAAGGGGACGAACUGGACCGACCGGUCCAACAAGGUCGAGCUCGACAUUGGGCGUCUUCACGACUCCAUCGCCUACAGCUUCUUCAAGGACGGGUUGAGCGCCACUUAUGAGAGGCGCAACGACUUCCUCAUCACCAGGGUGAAGCUCUGCAAGGGCCUCGGGUCCUUCAAGUCCACCAUAAUAAUCUGGACUCCCAGGAACCCCGGCGAAUACGUAAAAAGGGUCAUCAUCGACGGCUUCUCGAACCCCGUCGCCAGCCCUCAGAACGCCAUCAUCUUCCUCGACAACGGCACGACGAAGCACAUGAACUUCCUUAACUAUCGCUGGAUCGAGAUAGAGCCCUCCUGCGUCCUCGACAUCUCCCGGAAGGAGACCACCUACGAGUACACCUACUCCAAGGACGAGAGGAAGAUUGAGACCUUCACUCCCAGGUACCACUUCCUCUUCAAGGGCGUCAAGUGUUCCGUGGGCUCCGGCAGCUCCAGGGUCCAGGUCGACAUUUGGGAGGCCAAGGACCCCAGGGAGUACGCCCACAAGGUCUGCCUCGUCCCCUCGGGCAAGAAGGAGCGGUUUUUGGUAAUUUUCCAGGAUAGCGGCGAGUUCAAGGUUUUCAACAAGUACGACAAGAACCGGCCCUGGACUGACCACUCCAAAAAUCGCUACUCCAUCAACGACAUUCGUCUCUCGGGGCUCGACAUCAUCGGCUACAAGAUGGAGAGGGAGCGCCUCAAGCUCGAGCAGGCUGAGCGUCUCAGGGCUGCCGACUCCUCCGCCGGCGCCUUCCAGCCCUUCGACCCUUCUCAGUACAAGCCUGCUCACACCAUUUUGGAGAGGCUGCGCUACUCGAAGCCUCAGCCUCAGGGCCUUCUUCAGCCCAGCCCCUCUCAGGAGUUUCAGCCUGCGCGUGUUCCUGUUGAGGAUGAGGGCAAGAACCUUUUGUACCUCGACAUUAACAAGAGGCACAACAUUUUCGGCUACACCAUCUCCUACAGGGGCGACAAGGUUAUUUUUAAGGCCUUUGAGCCUUUUCUUUUUGGCAUUGUGAAGAGCGAGGGCACCACUCUUUGGCGCUACAAGGGCGACGAGUAUCCCAACCGUGUUCUUUACAAGGAGGUCGACGGCAAGCCCAAGGUAAAGGUCUACUUUCCUGACUAUCGCCCUCCUGUUCCCUUUGUUUUGCACGGUCCUCGCACGAAAUUUGACCCUUCGACUAUUCAGGUUGAGGUUUCCAAGUGCAAGAAGCCCGGUCACACUUCUGAAUCCGACCUUUACAAGGCCACGGUUGUUGAGGUUUCCGGUAAGCCGGUCAGCAUUCCCAUUGAGGACCCCGAUGACUUAUUCGUUCCUCCUUCACUUCCUCGCCAAAGCUCCAGGGUCUUCGACUUAGACGACUAG